AUGCCCGUCCUCACCUCCUCUGCCACCGUCCACUCCGGCUGCUGUCUCGCGCUCAGUGCACCGUUCCUCUCGCACAUCCACUCUCUCCUUCCGCCGCCUCCGGACCUCAUUCUAUCUAUAGGUAGUGGAUUUGGUCUGCUCGAAGCGCUCCUCCUCGCCGCCGAUCCACCUCCCAGCCUCGUGGGCAUUGAAGUCCAGCCGAGCCCAAAUCGCUAUCUCGCUCGAGACCACCACCGAGAAGUCUAUGGAACACGGGGUAUACAUGAGCUUGCAUCCGAGGCUUCUGCAUGGAUGUUCAUAUAUCCAAGGAGAGUAGGUCUAGUGGAGGAAUACCUGGAGAAAUUUGGGAAUGGUGUCGUUAAGAUAGUGAUCUGGAUUGGCCCGAGGGCUGAUUGGGAGGACUACAAAGGUUGCUUUGCCGGUGCAUGGGAGCUGCAUGUCAAAUGUGCCGACCAGAUUGGUGGGAGGGCUUGGGAAGUAGUUGCGGUUGCUACCAAAUCCAGGCAUAGGAGCAAGUCCUAG